AUGAGGUCCUUUCAAAGUUCUGCCGGAGGGGCCACCACUGGCGGGGGUGAAUCGCUUUUUCGCGCCCCUGACCUGCCGUCGGCGCCGCCCUUCUCGGCGGCAUGUCUGGUGGAUAUCAGCAGCACGGCCACCAUCACACUGUCGUUCUACCUCACCGUGGUCGAGCCCACCUUGCGUCGUCGGCUAAGGCGUCGCAGGGGCCGUUUCAUCGCGCGAAAGGCCCCAUCGGUGUUCGUCCGCGGCGUCCUAUUCAGCCCGGUGGAGCCGAAGCUGCAGCACGCGGAGUGGGCCCCGACCUGGGGGGACUAUUUGGCCACCCGUCGGCGAUGCGGCCUCACAGCGACGGGGGCCUCCCUGGCCUCCGCGCGGGCGGUGUGGGGGGAGGCGCGUCCGCUGCUCGGAGGGAAGCUCAAACCGCCCAUUCGUCUGCGGCUCGCGGACUCAUCUCCCCACCCCUCUCACCCUUUGUCGUGUGAAGAAGGAGGCCCGUCUGAUGUGUAUGCGGAGUGCUUUCGCGUGGAUAGCUUCAUCCCGAUGAAACUGCAGGUUCAACAGGCGGUGCGGCAUUUGCUACGGUACCGCCGACCCAAAGGGAACACGGCGGACGGGGGUGAGGUUCCUAACUCGGUCGUGCUGCGAGGGUCCGGCUCCUCGACGACUGUGGAACCACUAAACCUCAUUCACCUCAUCGCCGUGGUAUGCCCGGAUCAUUUCUCUGACGACUACGUCGACUUCUUUAUGAAACUACACCAGGUGACGCGACGUGGUGGAGGGGAGAACAUCGAUAUUUGGGGACUCGGCUCGACUCCGGCAGCGAAUCAAUCCGAUUGCCCCUUCGAAGGGCAUCGGGCGACGAUGUCAGAGGAAGUGGAGAGGGGCGAAGAAGUGGAGUGCCUCGUAUUUAACAGUCGAGAACUGGUAGGGUGCGUCUACGUCUGA